AUGCAGCUGUAAAUAGUGUGUUCUUGCUUCUUUCUCCCUCCCUCCCUUCUCCUUCUCUUGUCUAUCCAUCUGUCCUCCUAGCUGCAGUCUGCAUCCUGUGCCCACUGAUGAUGAUGAAGAUGAUGAUGCUGCUGCUGAGCAACAGCGUUCUCUCCUCCAUCAAGGAAUGAUGACAUCUUUCUGCUCGUGCUGCAGCGCGGAUGGAUAAAUGAGAUAAAAAAAGAGUACGCAGAAGAGGAAGAAACAGGAAAUAGUGGAGUGAGGGGUUAAAAGAUUGCCCCCCAAAAAAAGAGAGAGGAGAGUUUGAAUGGCGAGUGUAGACAACAGAGAGUGCUGCAGUAGAAUGAGGGUCAGGGAGGAAUUGAGCUGCCACCCUUCUGCACCCGACACAGGAUCCAUCGCAGGCGCCGCUCGCUCCUCUCCCUGAAGGGGCCGACAGGAGGGAUCCACCGUGGAGGCGAGAAGGAGACGAAGGAGGGGGGCGGAGGUGGAGAACACCAGAGGUUCUACUACACACAAGAUGGCUGCUGUGUCCUCUGCCUCUGACACUGUUUCGACAGGGGACCAGAGGGGUCGUCACCCCCCUGAGCGCAGACUGCUCAUCCUCGGGGGUCCAAAAUCUGGUAAGACCUCCUCAGCCAACACCAUCCUGGGGGAGGAAGUCUUUGACGCGGGGACGGAGACUACUCACAGCAACGUGGGUCAGACGGAGAUCUUCGGCCGUCGGGUCACGGUGGUGGACACACCCCCGUGGGUCAUCCCCAGUGACGCGGAGGACGACACCGAAGCGGACGAUAACGGGAACACAGUCGCGGAGUCGGAUAGCCCGUCGAGGCCCCCGCCCAGCCUGGAUAGCGAGGGCCCCUGCAUGGGGGCGAUCCUGUGCCCCCCCGGCCCGCACGCCAUCCUGCUGGUAGUGUCCGUCACUCAGCCUUUCACAGACACUGAGAGGAGGGCCGCCGAGGAGCAGCUAGGGGCCCUGGGGGGAGGAACCUGGAGAUACUCCAUGGUGCUCUUCACUGGGGUGGACAAGCUGCAGAAGGGGGUCUUCAUUGAGGAGCACAUCGCAAACACUGGAGAGAGCCUCCAGUGGCUGGUGGAGAGAUGUGGAAGCAGGUAUCACGCUUUCGACAACAACUGGAAAGAAACGGAGGACACCACACAGGUACCUGAACUGAUGGAGAAGGUGGAGGAAAUGAUCACCGACAACCAAGGCUGGUACUUUGAGGUGAACGAGCUGAUUCUUCUGGAGGAGGAGCAGGCGAGGCGAGCACUGGAGGAGGAGAGAAUGAGGAUGGAGGAGCACGCCAGACAGAGGGAGCAGAUGAUUGGAGGACCUCCAAGAGAAUUGAGGUUGCUGUUGUUGGGCUGGAAGGGUGUUGGAAAAAGCUCCGUGGGGAACUCCAUCCUGGGUCGUCGGUACUUUGAGUCAGGCCAGGAGACCGACCUCUGCCUCCGGAGGCAGGCGCUCGUGUCCGGUCGCAGGGUAACCAUAGUGGACACCCCGGGCUGGGACUGGUUCUCAGUGCGGCGUACCCCCAAGCGCAUCCGCCAGGAGUCGCAGCGUGGCGCCGCCCUCCUGCGACCCGGACCCCACACUCUGUUACUGGUUCUCCCGGUGGUCUCCUCCCUCACGGCCAGGAAGAGGAGAACGCUUCUGUCCCACAUUGAGACCCUUUUCGGUGACGGCGCCUGCCUCCACACCAUGGUACUGUUCAGUUGUGGCGACUGGCUGGGCCGCACGCCCAUUGAGGAGCACAUACUCAGAGGGGGCCGGGAGCUGCAAAGACUGCUUGAGUACUGUGGGAACUAUUACCACGUCCUGGACAGUAAGAUCCCCGGCAAGGACAGGAGCGUCUCAAACCUCCUGGAUAGGAUUGAGGAGAUGAUCAGGGAGAACGGUGACAAGGCCUUCCUUCCUGUGCAGACUGAGUGGCUGAGCGAGGAGAGCUCCUACUCGUCCGACAACACCGAGCCCGAGGACGACUGUCGAGGAUGCGAGCUGCAGUGAUGAAGGGUGAAGAAAGCAAAGUGGCCCUGUGUAAAUGUGUGUGUGUUUUACUGUUAUUUUUGAGUAUCCAGUAGGCCCAAACAUAACCUUAUGUACCUUUAACCUCAUCUAGAUAUUUAUUCUAGACCGUUGUAGGAAAUAGAGGGUAUUGGUGAGUAGCAAUGGUUGCUUGGAUGUAAAAGACACCUUUCUGAGCUGUUUAUGAAUAUAUUUUAUGAAUAUAUUUACACGGUUAAGACUCGUGAGUUGAAAGUCUGCAUUAUAAAUCUAAUCCGUUUAACAACACGAAGGGGAUUUGUUUAAGAUGACAUUAUCUGAAGCAGGCAGCUUGGGAGCGUUUCCUUCUCUUUUGCACAUUUAAAUUGAUUUUUUAUUUUUUUUUACAUGCCUUGGAUCAAACGCUUCAGAGAAAACGCUGUCGAAAGAAAAACAUUGAAUACCAAAUCAAAACACGGGCAUCGUGCCAAUAGAUGAAAAACGUCUGCCAAUGUUAAUUUGAAGCAAACCUGAUCUAUUGUUUUAGAACUAUGAAUCUUGAGUGGUAUUUAAAAAAAAAGAUUCCUUUGUUAAUAUUUGAUUAGGUUCCACUGGAGGAGACGUGGGAUAUAGGAUUGUAUAGCACUUUAUUCUCAUUGCACAAGUACAACCAAGUUCCAUUUUCAGCACAGACCCAUUCAAAGGCAGACAUACACUGAACAAGAACGCUGAUGGGUCGCCACUACGGCGGUGCCCUGUAAAAAAAAAUGUCGAUCCCCAGACUAGGUCCUUUUUUUUUUUUUUAAGGAAGGGUUGAAGUGAUCUCGCUGGAGCGAAACCUGCCACACUUAUAGAAAAACUACAGAUGUGGGUCACAUGAUAAAUCUUAAGUGGUUUGGUUAAAAAAAAGAAAAAAGCGACAAUAUACUUUGGCGUAGUUUGCUUGGCAUUGGGACCACCGAAUAUGUGCCGUUUUCUCAAAGUAAACAUACAUUUCUGUUUAUAUCUGAUCAUACACAUAUUUAACUACUCAUGAUGUGUAAUAGCCUGUCUCAGGCAAUAUUUUUCUUUGACUACGUCUAGGGAUGGGUACCUAAUUCCAUCAGUUCUACGGGGUAUCGAUUCACGUGAAAUCAAACAAUGCCACAUUUAGACACCUUUGUUGCAUGUGACGUCACAUCCGGCUGCAGACAAGUAGUCAAACACUAACAAGUAAUGAUACAAUUUUUCAUUCCAACAAAGCAAGAAGAAGUCGUUAAAAAAGUACAAUAAGGCUCUACUUUUGGUAAUGCUCGAUGCUAAUUUACAUGGGAUUUGCCAUAGACAUGCUACUGAUUAGCGUUAGUGAGUUUAUGUGGCAAUUUAAACAACUCCAAAUUUGGAAAACUACACCUGCUUCUGUCAUUCAAACAGCUGGUGUGCAAUAAGUACAAUAAAUACAGUAUUAACACUUUUUAGAGCCCAACAAAAGACUAGCAUCACCUGAAUGGCCAGGACUACUUCCUGGCUAAGAAAAACACAGUAGUCUUCACACUACUGCCAUCUACCAGAGUGUUUUGAGAUAAGAGCUGCGUGUGAUUGGCAAAGCAAUUGGAGCCUUGGGGCCAUACUGAAGCAGAAUGAGUUUAACACCAGCCAAGAAUGUUAAAAUGAUAUCCAAACGGCGAACAUUAAUUCAUGAUAGCAUGGAAAAGCUGCUGAUGGUGUGUUUGACAGAAGAGCAGCUGGAGUGAGAUUCCGUAGUGUAGUUAUUUGUAGUACAUUCUAUUUUAUUGUUUUUUUAUACAAUAUUUCUCGUCUGAAAGUUAGUUUUUCUCCUUUAAAGGCAUGUAACAUGUUAAAAUGUUGCUGUUUUUGAGGCGGCAGGCACCAAGUAAAUUGAUUUCAAUUCAUUUCAGUGGUUUGACUUAAGAGUGCCAUCACAGAACCAAAAGGUACUACUGUACUUGCAAAUGAGACUCAAAAGUAUCAGAAAACAAAACAUAAGUUUUUACAAUCGGCUCAGUGUUAAAAGUUCCAAUAAAAAAAUACGAUUUUAUUUUUAAACGAUGUAUGUAAGGCUCUCCUUUUUAAAAUGUGCUAGCUCGAUGCUAAUUUACAUUGGAUUUGCCAUAGACAUGCUACUGAUUAGCGUUAGCGAUUUUACAUGUUUGAAUUAAACGUCAACCUACCAAAUGAACAUUUAUGAACACAUGAACACACAAGUACAAAAAAUGGAUUCUAUCGUUUCCCAGAUACUGGGAAUCGGUACCGUAUCGGUCAAAUGUGAAAGGGCACCCAUCCCUAAAUAUUCGUUAUUUCUAAAUGCUUUUAUUCGUGUCGUUUGUUCUGUGUUUUUAGCGUCCAUAUCUGAGCUCAAGUGAACCACACCAGGGUUCUCAUGAUGGCACCAAAAGUUGCUUUUAACCGAACCAGCCUAAACACGCGUCAGUGCUGCCGCAACCCCCAGCAGGCGGCCCUUGACUGCAGCGCUGCUAUAAUCAUGGUAGUCCAUUAAAGGAACGGAGUCGUAAACAUCCUUCUCACGCUCAGAUAAGACCAUAGAGAGGACGAAUGUGCUAACGUUGCCCCGGCUAUAUGUGCCUCAGCAUCAAAAAGCCUCGCUGCAGGGCUGUGUCCUAUAGAAGACGUCAAGCUUUGGCAUGCUACGGAAACCACAUAACCUCAUGAAUCACUGGAGCUCUAAUAGGGCUGCCAUGUUUUUCUACGUCAUCAAGAAAUCUGCUAUUUACAUUGUCGAGAUCUAUAUACAUAUAUCUAUAGUCACCUGUCUGAGGCAUGUUUGAACGAUGCAUGCAGGUAAAAAAAGGAGUGCCUGAAAAAAAAAUUCCGAACUCACAAACCCCAAACCCAGUGAAGUUGGCACUUUGUGUAAAUUGUGAAUAAAAACAAAAUACAAUGAUUUGCAAAUUCUUUUCAACUUAUAUUCAAUUGAAUGCACUGCAAAGACAACAUACUUAACGUUCAAACUGGAAAACGUUGUUAUAUUUUGCAAAUAUUAGCCCAUUUGGAAUUUGAUGCCUGCAACAUGUUUCAAAAAAGCUGGCACAAGUGGCAAAAAAGACUGAGAAAGUUGAGGAAUGCUCAUCAAACACUUAUUUGGAACAUCCCACAGGUGAACAGGCUAAUUUGGAACAGGUGGGUGCCAUGAUUGGGUAUAAAAGCAGCUUCCAUGAAAUGCUCAGUCAUUCACAAACAAGGAUGGGGCGAGGGUCACCACUUUGUGAACAAAUGCGUGAGCAAAUUGUCGAACAGUUUAACAACAACAUUUCUCAACGAUCUAUUGUAAGGCUGCAGCUAACGAUUAUUUUUCUAUCGAUUAAUCUAUAGAUUAUUUUUUCGAUUAAUCAGUUAAUCUAUAGAUUAUUUUUUCAAUUAAUCUAUAGAUUAUUUUUCCUUUUACCGAUUAUUUUUUUUUAUUUAAAAUGAAGAUGAAAAAAUAAAUGUAGGCCCGUUUUUUCAAAAGGCAUGGCUUUUACUUACAAAAAAAAAGAAGUAUGGCCACUCAGUCAACAUUGACAACAACAUGACAAAAUAUUCUAUAACAAUGUAAACAUUUAAAACUUUUAACAUUUAACAAAAUUAAAAGUGGCUUAUUUGCUUUUUAAUGUGCAAAUAUAAAAGUAAACAUCCAGUGCAAAUCUUAAUAUUCUGCAAUAGUAUAAGCAUUUCAAAAGUAAAAGUAUUGCUUAUUUUGCUUUAAAAUGUGCAAAAAUAAACAUAAACAUCCAAUACAAAAAAGUGCAAAACGAAAUAUUCUGUAACAACAGUGUAAACAUUUCAACAAAAGUGAAAGUAUUGCUUAUUUGCUAAAAUAUGCAAAAAUAAAGAUAAACAUCCAAUACAAAAAAGUGCCAAUCUAAAUAUUCUGGAGCACUGUAAACAUUAAGUAUUGCUUUUAAAAUGUGCAAAAUAAACAUCCAGUCCAACACAGUACACAAUAACCAAUUCUACUCAUUCCAGUGAGUGACUAACAGUUGUAAUGAACAAAGGUUAGCAUGUGUACAUGCUCUGGUUCUUUUCUUGUUUACAAUAUUCCCAGCAGCUGAAAAUAGGCGCUCAGAAGGGGUCGAUGUGGCUGGAACUGAGAGGUAAUUAGCCUUCACCUCAAGCCAGGACUGCGAGUGAGCUGAGCUGCAGUUUAAGUUUCUAGAAGGUCAACGGGCUCAUAGUGAUGUUACUAGUAGUUGACUGGGAGGUGUUUAUUAUCAUUUGGGGAGAGUCCGCUGCCUGAUGCUCACCUGCUAAACACCUAUCUGCUCAACGCUGAAGCGCUGACUACAUGCGCUCUGAAUACGCACUGCUGAUUGGCUGGUAACGUUCUGAAUACGCACUGCUGAUUGGCUGAUAACGCUUUGUGUGUACCAAUCAGAUGGUUGUGUGGGUGGGACAAUGCUGCGUGCUGAGACAGAAGCAGAAGGAGCAAAGCAGCUUGUUAAGACUUUAGCUUUAGCUUAGAAACUCGUUCGGUACACCCCCGUACCGAACCGAAAGCCCUGUACCGAAACGGUUCAAUACAAAACACGUACCGUUACACCCCUAGCAGAUACAAAUGACACAUUCAUGUUUUUGUGUAAUGAUGACAACGUAUGCUCACGCGGACGAUUGACUAGUUGAUGGUUUUCUUUUCAAAUGUUCGUUCAUAGCCGUUGUGCUGCUAUGAUAGGCCAUUUCCGCUCGACACAGUGUGCAUACAACAACAUUAUUAGGCUGUGUAUUGAAAUACUCCCACACUUUUGGCGUGAUUUUUUCCCCCUCGCUCGCACCGUCUGCUUUGCGGUCCGCCAUGACGGUAGUGUGACGUAAAUAUGCGACGC